AAUCCCGUUCGUUUGCCUUUACAAAACAAAAUGAAAUAAUUCCCAAAAAUCAAAAAUCAAAAUCCCUAAAACUUUUCACCUUGCCCCUGCCGUAGCCGUCGAACGGGACCGCCGAGUGCCAACUCACUGCCUGGUCUGCUGACUGCCGUGAGUCCGUGACACGUCAGCAUAUCACCGCCCGGUUGUCGAGUGCCGACUUGGGUUAGGUUAGGAGUUGAAAAAUUAGAGAAUGAGCAUAGUUCCGAAAGAAACAAUUGAAGUGAUAGCACAGAGUAUAGGCAUCACCAAUUUGUCACCAGAUGUUUUACCUGCUAUUGCUUCCGAUGUCGAGUAUCGCGUUCGCGAAAUUAUGCAGGAAGCUAUCAAAUGCAUGCGGCAUUCGAGGAGAACCACCUUAACCGCCGUCGACGUGGACAGUGCACUUGGCUUAAGAAACGUUGAGCCAGUAUAUGGAUUUGCAUCAGGAGAUCCGUUGCGGUUCAAAAGAGCUGCUGGACAUAAGGAUUUGUUCUACAUUGAGGAUAAAGAUGUAGAGUUUAAGGAAGUGAUUGAAGCUCCUCUACCAAAGGCACCAUUAGAUACAGAAGUGGUUGCUCAUUGGUUAGCUAUUGAAGGAGUUCAACCUGCCAUUCCAGAAAAUCCACCUCCUGAAGUACUUGCAGUGCCUUCUGAUAAUGGAAAGACUGCAUACAAAGAGGAUGGAAUUCCUGUAGACAUCAAAUUACCUGUAAAGCAUGUUCUUUCCCGUGAGCUUCAGCUUUACUUUGAGAAAAUCACAGAGCUUACUGUUAGUAGAUCCGAUUCUGCCCUCUUUAAAGAAGCUCUAGUGAGCUUGGCUACUGACUCAGGCAUUCAUCCUUUAGUUCCUUACUUCACAUUUUUUGUUGCUGAUGAGGUUUCUCGGAAUCUGAAUAAAUUUUCUCUCCUUUUUGCUUUGAUGCGUCUUGUUUGGAGCCUUCUUCAAAAUCCUCACAUACACAUUGAGCCCUAUUUGCACCAAUUGAUGCCUUCUGUGAUGACAUGCCUGGUUGCAAAAAGACUAGGAAAUAAGUUCUCCGACAAUCACUGGGAUCUCAGAAACUUCACGGCUAAUCUGGUUGCUUCAAUAUGCAAGAGAUUUGGUCACGUUUACCACAAUCUCCAGCCACGUGUCACCAGGACAUUGCUGCAUGCUUUCUUGGACCCGUCAAAAGCACUCCCUCAACAUUAUGGCGCAAUUCAAGGUCUAGCAACGCUUGGACCUAAUGUGGUUCGCCUGCUUGUGCUUCCCAAUCUUGAUCCUUAUUUGCGGCUUCUGGAGCCAGAAAUGCAACUUGAGAAGCAGAAGAAUGAGGUGAAGAGGCAUGAAGCCUGGCUUGUAUAUGGGGCGUUGAUGCGUGCAGCUGGCCUGUGCAUGUAUGAUCGUCUGAAGACGCUCCCCUCUCUACUAGCUCCACCAGCACGUGCUGUCUGGAAGAGUAAUGGAAAAGUCAUAACGACAACGUCAAAGAAACGCAAAGCCAGCAUGGAUAAUGUGAUGCAACAGCCACCACUCAAGAAACUAGCAACAGAGAGUCCUAUGGGUGUAACACUGGCAAACUCAUUGCCAGUCGACAUGCCAGGAUCGAGCAGUGGAUACCCAACAAUUAUUGGGACCGCAGACUCUAAUUUACAAUCAUCACGAAAUGAGAAUGUGCCUGAAAGCAGUGGCAGAAAGGAGAUGGUCAGUGGUCAAGGACCAAGCACAUCAGCAGCUCUUACUCAAGCCUGGAAGGACGAUGUAGAUGUUGGGCAUCUGCUGCCUUCGCUAUACGAAUAUUUUGGUGAAAGUAUGUUGUCCUUUGUACCCUCGCCUGCAGCAUCUUUCUUCUUGUGAUCUUUAGACAUCGGCCAUACAGAAGAAAUUGUACCCAGGCACUGAAAAUGCUCUCUCUCUCUCUCUCGCGCGCAAUGUCUAGGAUUGUUCUUUUAAUAUAGUUUAUUCUAGUGAAACGAUAUUGUACCCAACUCUGCCUUAUUUCUCGAUGGACUUUGGUGAUGAAUACAAGUUAACGAGACUACCAAUGUACCUUGACGCACCAUUUCUCUUUGAAUAAAUUCUCUGUAUUCAUGAUGGUAUAA